AAAAGGAACAACAAGACAGUUUACUGUGGUUUUAAAGCACGGUCAGAACAUGGCAAGCUCUUCAUUUUUUAAUUCUAGUUCUGCAUGUUCUAAUGAGUACUAUUGUUUAAAAUCACAAACAGGUUUGUGUUGCCUGAAAAUAUCAAUAAUAUAACAUCUUUUAGUCUCUUAGACAUACAUAAACAUUUGAUAGUAGCUUUAGUUGGGAUACAGAUGGAAAUCAGUUUACUCUUUACUUAGAUCAUUGGGUUAAAACCCCCAAUAUACCACCUCAAUACAUGUAGUAAUAAUGCAUUAAUCACUAUAGGUUAAUCACAGAUAUACUGUAAUUAUAUUCCAUUACUCCUCCAUCAAUAUAUUGAAUGGGUUUUGUGCCACAGAGCAGUCACUAUCGUUAUCGUUUAUCGAGGAUAUUUAUAUCGAUCGAUAAUUAUCGCUAAUGAUUUAUCGCCCAGCACACAUUUAUCUACAUUGAUAAAAUGUUAAAUGUAACAGAUGGUAGCGUUGCAAUAUUUGCAUCUGAGUUGCAAUUGGUCCUCAUUACUGCAUUUAUUUACAUGGCGAAUGCCAUCUCGUCUUCACUGCAUGCAAACACAGCAGUGUUGAGGAGAAUGACUACAGCGAAGCAGCUCUGGUGCACAUUCAAACAUUUACAUUCACCCAAAACCUUGACCCUGUUCUUUUGCUGUCUUGCAAGCGGCUCCGUUUCCUAACAAGCAAAUGCUAAUCUGAAGAUGAUCAAAAGAACUACAUUUUUAACCAAUACAAUAACAGUAAAUUACCCACAUGAUUGUAUCCUUGCUCUGGAAACGGCCACAUAGAAAAUACAGUAACACUUUAUUUGAAGGUAUCCUUGUUACCCAUUACAUAUACGUACUACUAUAAUAACAAUUAAUUAUGCAUAAUUACAUGCCAGUAACCCUAAACCUAACUCUAACCGUAUAGUAUCCAACAUGUAGUUAAUUAAUAUAACUUACAGUGUAAUUAUACAUUUAAGUAGGAAACAUCUACCAAGACCUUAAAUGUAAUUGCUCAGUAGCUCUAUAUUAUAUUUAAAGCCUUCUGAAAUCUCUUCCAUGUUUUUUAUCAAAUGUAUUUCAUGAGCAUUGUGGUCUGGGUGCUAAUGGACACUGUCUCUUUAAGGACCGUGAAUAUGAUCUGUCCGUGACAUCACAGACACUUCCCUAGGCAAAAGCAGAGGCAGCCUGCUGCCAAUAUAAUAAUCUCUAGGACUUUGAAUCUGCAGAGCCUGUUUAGGAAACCCUUUGAUGGUGGGAAGAGGACGAUGGAUCAUGGCAGUCAGCAGCCACAGACGCAGCAGAUGCCAGGACCCUUCGCAAGUUACGCGGGACCCCAGGGCCCAUACCCUGGGCAGCACCCAUCUCUGUCACGACUGGACGAGGUGCAAAGGGAGAUCGCCUCCCUGGGCCCACAGGUGUGCUCUUACAGCGGCCUGCAGAACGACAGAGAGUACAAACGACUGGAGCGAGAGCUGACCCGAUUGCUGCUGGAGGUCGAUAAGGUGGAGACGGAGGGCCGGCCGGAGCUCCAGCAGGCUCGGAAGCGCGCAGCCGGAGAGGUCGAGGGUCUGCUUCGCUACCUGGAGGGCAACGCCACGCAUCCGUCUCGGCUGGCCAUAGAGGAGCUGACCCAGGAGGUGCAGAACUUGCUGAAUGAAGGUGUUGUGGAGCCGUUCCGGCAGGGCCAGGCUCAAGAUGCCUUUGAGAUCAGCGAGGAGCUGGUGGAGGCUGUGCAGGACGUGGCCAUGCGGAUGGCUCAGGUUAAGACGGGUGGAAGCGUCCCGCUCAGGAAGGCCCGUUACAAGGCCCUGACGCGGGUCUGUGCCGUACAGGAAAUACUGGAGGGCCGUGUGCGCACUCAUAUGCUGGCGCUGCCGUUGUCCGACGACACGCAUGAGGCUGUGCAGCGUAUUAAUCAAGUUAUGGCGCAGGUGAGUGGUGCCCGGUGCCAGGAAGUGGCUCUGCUGAUGGGUCUGAGUGGGCGGGAUAGCUGUGCCCACCUGGCGAGGAUCCUUACAGAGCUGCUGGUUGAACUGGACGCCCUGGAUGUGUCUAGUAAUGCUGCGGUGAGGAACUACAGGAAACAAGUGGUCGAGGAGAUCAAUGGUCUGCUAAAACAUCUCGACCUGGAGGGAGAAGGAGAGGACACACGCAGGUAUGAUCUAGCGCAGAAUGACUCUAUCCGUGAAAUCGAGGCGAUCAGGGGCCGUGUCUCAGUGCUGCGGGAGGAGGUGCUCCGGCACGGUGCUGCAGGACAGGGUACGGAGCUGCAGGGUCUCCUCACUCACCUGGAUCAGGUGGACACGGGCCGAAAUCCCUGCAUCCGGGAGGCACGGCGCAGGGCCGUGCUGGAAGUUCAGGCGCUCAUCACGUUCCUAGACCUCUGGGAGGCCCUGGGGCGGCGUAACCCCGGACCGGACGAGCCUCCGCCCCAUGCGGCCGUGUGGCGCGUCUUAGCCAGCCUGUGCGACCUGCAGGCUCAGGUUUUGGGCUUUGACGGCAAGAGAGCUGACAAGAGCUACAUGGUAUUGGAAGAACUACUGACCAAACAGCUUCUGGCUCUCGAUGCCGUGGACCCUCAGGGCGACCAGGGAACCAAAACCGCCCGGAAGCAAGCCGUUAAACAUGCCCAGAACAUCCUCAGUUACCUGGAUAUGAAGACAGAUGAGUGGGAGUACUGAGAGGCCGACGGAAUAAGAUGCUGCAAAGAAAAAGGCAAAGGUUUUUUUUUGCCUCUUGUACAACAUACGAGGACACGGUCGUGCUGAGGAUACAGGCCAUGGGCGGAAUUUUUAAUUUGUAUAUAAAAGACUGUGUGUAUCGCCGUGGGCAGUGAGACUGUUACCCAUGAUGCACCGCACCUGCUGCUUUUAUUGGUCCAUUACUGGUCCUUGAAAGCUGCCUUUCUCCUGGCAGAAGGAAAUGCUGUUUCUACUGCACAUGAAGAGUAUGUUUUCAUGACAAUAACCCAUGAUCUUUUUAGUUGAAUCUGUGCUGUUGACUGGUGUGGUGUGGUGCUAAACCCUGUUCUGCUGCCAAAAUCUGCUUCCUGCUUUUCCCCCACAUGCCCUGGUGGAGCACAUUUCAGUCUUUAUCGCAGUGUGAGUACAUCAGCUCUUCCUUCCUAUUCAGAGCCCUGUAGGAACACAUUAUGACCACAACAGGUCGUGCAACGUGCCGUUUUCCUGUUUAUCACGCGUAAUGGAAAAGGCGGGCCUUAGCUUAGUGUUCAUAGGUUUAAUCUCUAAAUUGCACUUUCAUGGUCCUCUUAAUACAGUUAUUAGCCUCGUAUAAACAACACCCGACCCAAAGUGGGCAAUAUUUUAGCAUUUCCUUGCAUCUUCUACAUAUGUCACAGUUAAGAAAAUUGGAUUUUACAAUAGACGAGCGUGAAUCAACAUCAGUUUAAAGGUGAAGUGUGCCAUUUGUGUCACCAAAUGGACAGUGUUUACACUUUUUUUUUUUAGGGUAUUUAACAUGAAAUGACAUGCUUCACCUUUUAAAGAAGAAAAAAAAACAAUCAGAUUUCUAAACCACCCUGCAGUUUUGUCUGAUUUCAUAGAGGACUGUGGCCAAUUGCAAUGAGGUAUUGUCUUUGGAGACGUUUCUUUUUAUUAUGGAGGAGAAAGAAUAGAAACUAGUUCACAGGGUUUCUUGUCUUCUCCAUUGGUUUUUUUUUGCUAUUAGGCAAAAAGUGCCUGUGCAAGCGACUAGGGAAUCGAGCAGAGACUAAAAGUGUGUGUGUGUCUGUGAUUGUUUAAAAAAAAAAAAGGAAAAAGAAAAGAAAAAAAGUGGUGCAUGCUAUUUUGGUGGUGAGACUGAUCAAAGUGGACAGGGGCGUUCUAGGACAUUUUCAUCGGAGCGGCAGGGAAAGACAGCAAGCUAUCAAACAAACUCAGAAACUGUGGCUACAUUCACACAGAUCAUUGUGACCCAAAUCAGAUUUUUUUUUUUUUCCUAUGAUAGAUGAUAGGUUUUUGGGAUGACGGUACUAUAAACCGAUAUAGAUUUGGUUCACUUUCAUAUGUGGGUAUAAAAGUUUGAGUCCCCACGUGGCUUAGGUGUGAAUUUAGAGCGUUUUCAUCAUGUUUGCACAUUGGAUUUAAUGUUGGUUUGUCUCAAACAAAUGUGAAUUAUAACCAUCUAUAAAAGUACUACACAUAAAGGUGCAAAGGUAUAUUUUCUUAUUCUUUUUUACUGUUUUCUCUCAAAAUAUUGUGGAGCUUAGUUUGGCUUUGAACUCUAAUUAUUUGGCACCACUGUGGAUUUUUUUUAUUGGCCAACAUGAAUAGUUACCUAGAGAGCAGAUAACUAAUAGCCCAUGGGAAAUGUAUGAUAAUACAAUAAGGCUAUAGACUGCAACAGUGGUGUUCCAGAUGUAAAAACAUGAUACAUUUUCUCCAUAGAGAAAUUGAUUUUAAAGAUAACUUGCUACUGUGAACUACAUGGUGUAUAUCAAUGGUAUGUGCUCUUCUUGAAGCAUAUUUCAUUAUUUUUUUUUUAUUGCUUACAAUUAUUAUUUUUUUUAAGCGAUUAAUUGCAUCCAGAAUAAAAUGUUGUUUACAUAACGUGUAUAUUUAUUACACACACAUGCAUGUAUAUAUU